GUGGAAGCCAGCUUGGUGAUAUGAACUCCGACGAUAGUUCCGGUAACCCGGAGCCUCCUGAUCCCAAUAUCAUCGAGACUGAUCCAACUGCUCGAUAUAUUCGGUAUAAGGAUGUCAUCGGAAAAGGUGCUUUCAAAACGGUUUACCAGGCAUUUGAUGAAGGUGAUGGGAUUGAGGUUGCUUGGAGUCAAGUUCGCAUUGAUGAGGUGUUGCAGUCACCAGAAGACUUAGAAAAGCUGUACUCUGAAGUCCAUCUCUUGAAAUCCUUAAAACAUAACAACAUAAUAAAGUAUUAUAAUUCUUGGAUAGAUGAUAGCAACAAGACGGUUAAUAUAAUUACUGAAUUAUUCACUUCGGGUAACCUGAGACAGUACCGCAAGAAACACAAGAAGGUUCAAAUAAAAGCUGUGAAGGGUUGGGCAAGGCAGAUUUUGAUGGGUUUGAACUACCUUCACUGUCAAGACCCACCAAUCAUGCAUAGGGACCUUAAGUGUGAUAAUAUAUUUAUAAAUGGCAACCAAGGUGAAGUUAAGAUCGGAGAUCUGGGGCUGGCUACCGUCAUGCAACAAGCUAAUGCAAGAAGUGUACUUGGAACCCCUGAGUUUAUGGCACCUGAGCUGUAUGAUGAGGAUUACAAUGAGUUGGCUGAUGUAUACUCUUUUGGGAUGUGCAUGCUGGAGAUGGUGACAUUUGAAUAUCCAUAUAGUGAAUGUAAAAAUUCAGCCCAAAUAUAUAAGAAGGUUUCAUGUGGAAUAAAGCCUGCUGCCCUCUCUAAGGUUAAAGAUCCAGAAGUGAAACUUUUCAUAGAAAAGUGUCUAGUCCCUGCAUCUCAAAGGUUGUCAGCAAAGGAGCUUCUUAAAGACCCUUUCCUCCAAAUGGAUGGUUCACCAGGAAACUGUCCAUUGCUACUUCCAGAUAUAGUUAUACCUAAAAUGGGAGGCUUUGGAGAUCGGUGUCUGCUUUCAGAAGGACCUAGUACAGCACGUAACAGGCUACCCUCCAUGGAUGUUGAUGAUGAUGAUGAGAGUGUGUUUGAUGAUGAUGAUAGUGAGCUCACUAUCACCUUUGUUUAUAAUUCGGUUGAUGGAGGGUCUCACUCUUUGUGCGUGGAGGUACGGAGAUCAAGAAAAGACAAUUAUUUUUUGUUAAAGGGCGAGGGUACCGAUGAAAAUUCUGUAUCACUUAUACUGAGAAUAGCAGAUAAUAAUGGUCGGGUCAGGAAUAUCCAUUUCCUCUUCUACCUUGAUAGUGAUACAGCCCUUUCGGUUUCCAGUGAAAUGGUCGAGCAACUUGAACUAGCAGAUCAGAAUGUUCUAUUCAUAGCAGAGCUGAUUGAUUUGUUGCUAAUAAAUUUAAUACCCAAUUGGAAACCUUGUGUUUCUGUUGAUCACCUAGCUGCUUUGAGUACAAUUCAAACCCCUAACGGACAUCACAGUGACUCUCGAUCACCUCAGCAUGGAGGAGAAAUAUCAGUUCCAUCUGUUCCAAACACUACUGAAGCUGUUAAUCUUCCAAGUCCACAAGUUUCUCUUGCUUCAAGUUCUUAUGAAGGAUCCAUUCAUCCAAUGCAGGAUGGCCCUGACGCUUCAAAGCCUGAUGAGAUUAUUUCCCACGCUGAUUAUGGAUUUCAGGGUGAGUCCAUUACACAAGAUUGGUGUUUCGAAAUCUCAUAUGCUCGUGCAGUCUCUGAUGAGGGGAAUGAUAAGAAGAGGUGCUCCACUAAUACCUUUGUGAAUUCGGAGAUAGGAUGCAUGAAUUGUAAUGGAAAUGGAUUGCAGAGACCACUUAAGGAAUCCCUGUUAGGAGAGGAAUUGGAUCUGAGCCCCGGUGACAUAGGCAAGGUCGUGGACAAAGGCAGCAAUAGUGCGUCAACCAUUUCAAGUUGUUCAAUCUAUUUUUCUUCUUCAUCUCUCGAGGAUGAAGAUGAGGUGUUGAGAUUGGAACUAGAAAUGAUUGAACUGCAAUACCGGGAGGUAGUUAAGGACAUAUAUAAGAGAAGGCAUGAAGCAAUUACGGAGACAAGAAAAAGGUUUUCACAGAAAAAUACUUAAGAGUCAGUUUACCUGUCCUUUUUAUUUAUUUAUU